GGGGCUCGAGUUCCGCGUCGCCGCGCAGAGCUGACUCUGGGAGGCGUUUGGGCCCAGAGAAGUGGAUCGGCCGCUUGCGCCGCAUGGAGUCCGAAUCAGAAAGCGGGGCCGCUGCUGACACCCCCCCGCUGGAGACCCUAAGCUUUCAUGGUGAUGAAGAGAUUAUCGAGGUGGUAGAACUGGAUCCUGGCCCGCCGGACCCGGCAGAUGAUCUGGCCCAAGAGAUGGAAGAUGUGGACUUUGAGGAAGAAGAAGAAGAGGAAGAGGGCAACGAGGAGGGCUGGGUCCUGGAACCCCAGGAAGGGGUGGUCAGCAGCAUGGAGGGCCCUGAUGAUAGCGAGGUCACCUUUGCAUUGCACUCAGCAUCUGUGUUUUGUGUGAGCCUGGAUCCCAAGACUAACACCUUGGCAGUGACAGGGGGUGAAGAUGACAAAGCCUUUGUCUGGAGGCUCAGCGAUGGGGAACUGCUCUUUGAGUGUGCAGGCCAUAAAGACUCUGUGACUUGUGCUGGUUUCAGCCAUGACUCCACCCUAGUGGCCACAGGGGACAUGAGUGGUCUAUUGAAAGUGUGGCAGGUGGAUACCAAGGAGGAGGUCUGGUCCUUUGAAGCAGGAGAUCUGGAGUGGAUGGAGUGGCACCCUCGGGCACCUGUCCUACUGGCAGGCACAGCUGAUGGCAACACUUGGAUGUGGAAGGUUCCAAAUGGUGACUGCAAGACCUUCCAGGGCCCCAACUGCCCAGCCACCUGUGGUCGUGUCCUCCCUGAUGGAAAGAGAGCUGUGGUAGGCUAUGAAGAUGGUACCAUUAGGAUUUGGGACCUGAAACAGGGAAACCCCAUCCAUGUACUAAAAGGGACUGAGGGUCACCAGGGCCCUUUGACCUGUGUUGCUGCCAACCAGGAUGGCAGCCUGAUCCUGACUGGCUCUGUGGACUGCCAGGCCAAACUGGUCAAUGCCACCACCGGCAAGGUGGUGGGUGUUUUCAGACCUGAGACUGUGGCCUCCCAGCCCAACCUGGGAGAAGGGGAAGAGAGUGAAUCCAACUCAGUGGAGUCCUUGGGCUUUUGCAGCGUGAUGCCUCUGGCAGCUGUUGGUUACCUGGAUGGAACCUUGGCCAUCUAUGACCUAUCUACACAGACCCUCAGGCACCAGUGUCAGCACCAGUCGGGCAUCGUGCAGCUGUUGUGGGAGGCAGGCACUGCUGUGGUUUACACCUGCAGCCUGGAUGGUGUCGUGCGCCUCUGGGAUGCCCGGACAGGCCGCCUCCUUACUGACUACCGGGGCCACACGGCCGAGAUCCUGGACUUUGCCCUCAGCAAAGAUGCCUCCCUGGUGGUGACCACAUCAGGAGACCACAAAGCGAAAGUAUUUUGUGUCCAGAGACCUGACCGUUAAUGGCUGUGGCCUCUGGCUUGGUGUCUGGUGUUGAGGGGGAUGAAGGGAGACCCCCCCUCCCCCUGUGAGGCGCAGGGUACUGAGGGAAGAGGAGGGGGGUUCCACUGCUUCCCAACCCCUUCAACUGACCUGCCCCCUGCACUCUGUCCUUUUCUUCUCCUUGAGACCCCGCCCUCGGGCCCCUCCCUUCUCCUGACCCAAACCUGGGGCCCUUAGGGGGAGGGACAGGCCUCUUUCUCUUUCACUUUCAUUUGCUGGUGUGAGCCAUGGGGUCCGUAUUUGUAUGUGGGGAGUAGGUCUUUGAGGUUCCCGUUCUUUCCCUUCCCAAGUCUUUGGGAGUGGAAAGGAGGAAGAGAUACUAGUUACAGAUUUUAAAAAUGUAAAUAAAAUAUACUUCCCAGAG